AUGCAAAACAAUACUAAAGUACACAAAACAUAUAAGAAGCUUUCUUUCACACGAUUUCUAUCAGAUUAUUCUGAUUCUCUUUUCUCUCAAAUGAUUCUAGAUUCAAGUCCAUUUCAAUUUAACACAACAUGGACUAAAGAAGAAAAUAAGCAAUUUGAGAAAGCACUUGCAAUUUUUGAUGAUAAUACUCCUGAAAGAUGGUCAAGAAUUGCUGGUAUGAUUCCUGGUAAAUCUGUUAGAGAUGUAAUUAAACAAUAUGAAGAAUUAUUAGAAGAUGUUACUGAUGUUGAAGCUGGGUUAGUUCCAAGUCCUGGUUAUCUUGCUUCUUCUCCUUUCACAUUGGAAUGGGAUGUAACACUAAGUGACAAUAUUCAGACUGCGCAGACAAGCUUAGGUAAUCAAAAUAACUAG